CCCACCCCCUAAGCCACAGCCCACAUCCAAGAUCCCCCUUUCCUUCUUCUUGGCGCUGCAAAUUACAGUACCACAUUUCAUUCUCUGUCAAAAAUAUGUAUCAUUAAAUCAGACGUAAAAAUUAUCAACACAUACAUGGAUGAUGAUGAUACAAUCAACAUCCGUCCUCAAAAAACCUCCAAACAACAGCAACUUCAAAAUUUUAACAUCUUUUUUUAUCCAUUCCUCUGUUUCCCCUUCACAAUCUUUACCCCACAGUAAAAAAACCCAAGAUUUCACAUCUUAUUUACUGACCCUUUUAUCUUUACCCAAUUGGGAAAAAAACCCCAAGUUCAAAACAAUUAUUCCUUCAAUUUCUUCAUCUCAAGUUACAAGCUUUUUUAAACAUAACCCUAAUUUGAGCCCACAAAAAGCUCUCACCUUUUUCAAUCUUUUGUCACAAAGAUCCACUUUUAAGCCAAGCGUUGAAUCUUUUGCAUCAUUGUUAACAAUCUUGGUCAAGAAUCAGUUGCUAAAUGUGGCCGAAAAGACUCGUAUUUCCAUGUUGAAAGCCUGCGAAAAUGAUGAGGAUGCAAGGUUUGUUUUGAGUUUUUUGAGAAAAAUGAAUGUUGGUGGUAAUGAUAGAAUUAUUUUUAAGAUUAGUGUUAGAUGUUAUAAUACAUUGUUGAUGUGUUUAUCGAGGUUCUUAAUGGUUGAUGAUAUGAAAUGUGUGUUUUUAGAAAUGUUGGAUGAUGAAAUUAUGCCGAAUAUAUACACGUAUAAUACUAUGGUGAAUGGGUAUUGUAAGUUAGGCAAAGUUGAUGUGGCUGGUUUAUAUGUGAGUAAGAUUGUUCAAGCUGGGCUUAAACCUGACACACAUACUUAUACGUCGUUGAUUUUAGGGCAUUGUAGGAAUAAAGAUGUUGAUAGUGCGUGUAAGGUUUUUGAUGUGAUGCCUAAGAAAGGGUGUCAGAGAAACGAGGUUUCGUAUACGACCUUAAUUCAUGGGCUUUGUGAAGAAAUGCGUAUUAAUGAAGCGUUAGAGUUGUUUCGUCAAAUGGGUGAUGAUAAGUGUUUUCCGACAGUUCGUACAUUUACUGUUUUGAUUUCUGCUUUAAGUAAGUUAGAUAGAACGGCAGAAGCAUGGGAUUUGUUUAAAGAGAUGAGUGUGAAAGGUUGUGAGCCGAAUGCUCACACAUACACUGUUUUGAUUGAUGGAUUGUGUAAAGAGAGAAAGAUGCAUGAAGCGAGAAAAUUGUUAGAUGUGAUGGAAGAGAAAAGGGUGGUUGGGACGGUUGUGACAUACAAUGCUUUGAUUGAUGGGUAUUGUAAAGAAGGAAAGUUCGAGAAUGCAAUAGAGAUGCUUGAAAAGAUGGAAAAGAAAGGAUUAAAACCGAAUGUCCGUACUUACAAUGAGUUAAUAGGUGGGUACUGUAAAAGCAAUGACGUUCACAAAGCUUUGGUUUUACUUGAUAAGAUGAUUAAGAUGAAACUAUCACCAACUGUUUUGACUUACAAUUUGCUAAUUAAUGGUCAAUGUAAACAUGAUGACGUUGAUAAUGCUUUUAGGUUGAUCAGUCUGAUGAAAGAGAAUGGUGUUGUUCCUGAUGAGUGGACCUAUAGUUCCAUUGUAGAGGCUUUAUGCAGACGAGGCAGUGCUGAAGAAGCUCAUGAAUUGUUGAAUUCUCUCAAGUUGAAGGGCAUAAAAGUUAAUGAAGUAAUCUAUACGACUCUGAUAGGCGGAUAUUUCCAAAUCGGUAAAACUGAUAUUGGGAUGACUCUAUUCAGUGAAAUGCUUAUUAGUGAAAUGCUUAUUAACGAGUGCUUACCAAAUUCUUGGACAUAUAAUGUGCUCAUUCAUGGCUUGUGUAAAGAAGAUAGGAUUCAAGAGGCGUUUAUUAUAACGGGGAAGAUGAUAAAGAUCGGCUUUGAACCUGAAAUCACCACAUAUACUAUUUUCAUUGAGAGUUUACUAAAGAGAUUUGACUUCGUUGAUGCUCGUAAGCUAUUCAUUCAAGUGAGUUCUUUUGGAUUGAAACCUGAUGUCUGUACAUACACUUCAUUUAUCCUUGCAUAUUGCAGUCAAGGAAUGGUAAAAGAAGCAGAAGCUAUGAUGUAUGAAAUGCUGGAAAAAGGCGUGGAACCGGAUACAGCAACAUAUACUGUUUUCAUUGAUACAUAUGGACGUGCCGGUAAGAUAAAGUCUGCAUUUGAUUUUUUAAAAUGUAUGAUCAACGCGCAAUGUGAACCUUCCUACCAUACAUAUGCCGUGAUAGUGAAGAAUCUCUUAAUCUCACAACAAAGAAACAACCUCAAGUUUCAAGGUUUUGAUCUCAAUAUCAGUAAUGUGUGGAAAGUGAUGGAUUUAGAGACUGCUAUGGAGUUGUUUUCUGAAAUGAGUAAAAGAGGAUGUGGACCAAAUGUUAAGACCUUUGAAGCAAUAACUGUUGGUCUGUGUAGAGAAGGGAGGCUUGAAGAAGCCUGUAGGCUGGUAAGUGAGAUGCUAACUAUUGGGCUCAUUCCGAGUGAACAUAUAUACACCUCUUUAGUAAAUUCUUCGUGUUACUUGCAAAUGUUUGACCAAGCAUUGGAGUUACUUAAUACUAUGGUUGAUAAUAGGAUUUUACCGCAUCUUGACUCGUACAAGUUGCUUAUUUGUGGUUUAUAUAAUGAAGGAAAGCAUGAAGAAGGCAAAGAAGUCUUUUGUAGUCUACUUGAGGGGUAUAAUUCGGAUGAAGUUGCUUGGAAGAUUUUUCUUGAUGGCAUGUUGAAACAAGGGUUGGUUAAUGAGUGCUCCGAGCUCGUUGAUGUCAUGGAGGAGAAGGGUUGUCAUUUGAAUCCACAUACAUCUGAAACAUUGGACGACCAUAUUAGUGCUAAACUCUUGUUAGACACGAAAUUAUGAAUUUUGAUAAAUGCACUUCCAAUAAGAUCUGUUUGGUAUCUUCAAGGAGAGAACCGUCAUUUAAGGAGAAACAAUUUUUUUUUUUUUGGGUUCGUGUUAUGAGAAGUAUGAGGCCCAUAAACUGGAGGGGCUAGUCAAACCAGAUCUGGCUGAAAGCUUAUUCUGCUUCGCUGAGGUAUCUUGAAGCACAUAAUGUAUACAGCGAUGAAGGUGCAGUUUGCCAUAGCAGUUUGCUGAUUUGAAGUUUUUUAGCAACAUGAGAGACGCGGGAUCCUUAUUCCAAUCUUGACAAGACUUUUUGAGGUUAGAGUUUGUUAGACACAUUUAUACCUACCUUUGUAAUCAAGUAUCAAUUUUGUGAAUCAGUUUGAGAAUCAUUCAUUAACACUAACUCAGAUGUAGGUUUGCUUCAUCUGUUUCAAAAACAUUUUACCCAUAUGAUGUAUAGAAGUAAAUCGCAAAACCUGAGCAAUUUUUAGUCAUGUUUAAUCAAAUACUACUUCAGAAGUUCUUGGGUAUCAACAUAAUCCGUACAGAACCUCAAUUUUAUAUUAUUCUUUCAUGUUGCAAGAA